AUGGGGAAAAUUGUAAGCUCUCACUCAACCUCUAUUAAACAAUUAGAAUCCCAACAUAGCCAAAUCUCGGCUACCCUAAACCAAAGGAAAAAAGGUACACUCCCUAAUGACACGGUUGCAAACCCGAGGAAUGAUGGAGAACAUGCUUGCAAAACAAUAACUACUAGGAGCAGUAAGGUACUUGGGGAAGAUAAGUUGGUGAAAGAAUAUAAGGUGGUUGAGGAUGAGACACCUAUUGUUGAACCCAUGGUUGUUGAAGAAAAUUGUGUUCCCUUAAACAAAAGGGCUAGCAUUGAAAAGCCUAUUGUUAUUGAAAAGGUGCCCACAAAUGCAAAAAUUUCGAAAGUGCUACUAUCCAUACCAAAACCUCCCCCGCCAUUCCCUCAAAGAUUGACAAAGAAAGUGGAUGAUGGAAAAUUUAUCAAGUUCGUCAAAAAAUUGAAGCAACUUUCAAUUAAUAUCCUAUUGCUAGAAGCACUUGAGCAUAUGUCGCGUUAUGCUAAAUUCAUGAAAAAUCUUGUUACCAAGAGGUGGCAAGAUAGCUUUGAAACGGUGGAUGUGACACAUCAUUGUAGCUCUAUUACUAAGGUUUUGGUACAAAAGAAGGAAGAUCCAGGGGCUUUUACCAUUCCAUGCACUAUUGGGGUCUCUAAAUUUGCUAAGGCUUUAUGUGACAUUGGUGCAAGCAUCAAUUUGAUACCGCUUGUAAUAUUUAACAAGUUAGGGUUGGGCACUCCUCAACCCACAACAAUGCGGCUACUAAAGGCGGAUCGGACCAUAAAGAGGUUGGUGGGAAUCCUUUUUAAUGUGCUUAUAAGGGUGGACCGAUUCAUAUUUUCGGUCGAUUUUGUGAUCUUAGAUUGCGAGGUUGACUUUGAAGUUUCUAUAAUCUUAGAAAGACCAUUCCUAGACACAAGGUGGGAUCUUGUUGAUGUUGAAAGGGGAGACCUCAAAAUUCGGAUGAACGAUGAGGAGGUCACAUUUCAUAUUUGUAAGUCAAUGAAACAACCGGGGGUUCUAAGUGUUGUGUCGGUUAUUGACACUAUUAAUGAGGCCAUGGAGACCACCGUUGCUUAUGAGUAUGUUGGUGAAGUAGUGGCGGAAAUUUUAAUUAAAUUCUAA